ACCGCUGCCGCCGCUGCCCGCGCGGCCUUCGCCCUCCAACCUGCUGGCGCCGCCCGCGCCCCGCGCCCCCUGGCUGCUGCCCGCCUUCCCUCCGCCGCUGCCGCCGCCGCCGCGGACGCCGCCGCCGUACCUCUUCCUGUCGCCUCCCUGCUGAUGGCCUGGCCCUUGCGAGGCCGUGGACCCCGAGGGGCUGCGGGCGGGUGAGUAGGCCGUCCUGCCUGGACACCGGGGCUGGGCGCCCUCACCGCCUUCGCAUCUGGCAGAUUGAGAAAGCGCCGGUGAGAGUCUGGACUGGGGAAGCGCGAGGCAGUGUCAGAGGAGAGGCCCAGGUUUGGGGUGGAAGGGGCAAGUCUAAAAAUAAAUUCGUUUUAAGAAUAGGGUCUUUAUUCCGUUUUGCCCUACUGCCCUACAGCGAGCCUCUUGCCUGGUUAUUUGAGAAUGUAACUCAUACCUUGUGCAGAGAAGUUGGCUGCUUAUCCGGCGCGGUGGGGACAGGGGCACACGGUGCUUGGCUUGAAAUGAAAACAAGACUUCAAAAUGUUCUGACUGGGUAUGCAAGGUGUUUCAUUUUCCCUUAUAAAGUGAGGGGUUUGGAUGUCAUCACUAAGGUCCUGUUCCUUUGCGUGUGUAUGGCUUCUGGGAAACUUGCUGCCUUGCAAGCCUUGAGUCCAACUUUCUUUUCUUGUUUUUAAUGUUUAUUUAUUUUUGAGAGACAGAGCAUGAGCAGGGGAGGAGCAGAGAGAGGGGGAAACAAAGAAGCCGAAGCAGGCUCCAGGCUCUGAGCUGUCCGCACAGAGCCCGACGCGGGGCUCAAACUCACCAAACAUGGGAUCGUGACCUGAGCUGAAGUCUGACGCUUAACCCACUGAGCCACCCAGGUGCCCUUUGAGUCAGACUUUGGACUGAAAGAGAUCCAAGGAUUGUGCAGGUCUGGAUGCACCAGAAUAGCAGCGGUGCUGAUGGACAACCGAUACUGGGCCCUGGAGCAGCAGCCUCACAUGCAAGGCCUAGGUCAUCCCCAGGGACGGGAAGGCUCCCAAGCCGGGAGGCCCCCCGGAGAUCACUGCAGUUGUGACUUGCCCAUCGAGGUCUGCCCGGGCUCCGUUAAGCUGCCCACAGCAGGUGGUGAACAACUGGUGCCUUCUGUGGCGGGGACAGACACGGUGAAGGUGCCGCCCAGGGUGGACGGUGGCUCCCGGUGUAACCAGAUCCAGGUGCGGUUCUGUGCGGAGACUUCCCGGCUCAGGGUGUCUGCAGGAGCGGGGAGAGGGAGGGGAGGCAGGGGAGGACCUCGGCGGGGUGUGGGUGGGGUGGUGCAUGCGGGUUGCUGUGCUGCCACCGGGAGCACACUGUGCUCUGGGCCAGGGUCUGGACGCCUUCAGGCUUGUCCUGUUUCUCACGAGUACAUGUGGCCAAGUUCUCAUUACCCCCCCCCAUUCCCCCACCUUGUUUCUGGGUCUGUAAAAUGGGGGUAGUAACCCAGCAAGAACGGGUAUGCGACCUCGGGCUUCAUCUGCCCGAUUUUGGUUCAGCAGCCAGCGGAUCUGGCCUUUCUCCUAACAAAGUCUGGGGCCUCGGGCACCUCCGAAGCAGAGGCUGAUGCUGCCCUUGGGCCGUACAGCCCCCGCGCCCACCCCCAUGCUCUCCUUGGCCCCAUGAUGGCCCUCUGACCUUUGGUUCCCGUCUUUGUCUUUGGGCCACACUUUCCUCCAAAAGCCUGGAGGAGGUGAGGAUUGAAGGUAGCCCGCCCCCGCCCUUCCCCCCUCUAAGCCGGCGCGUCUUCUGCCCACCUGAGCGGCCCCGCCUGCCGCCCUCCGGAGAACACAGGGCCCAGUUCUACCACCCACCGAAGCAGCAAGUGGGGCAGGCCACACACCCCCGUGCCUCAGUUUCCCUCCACGGUAGUAUAUUGAGGCAGUUUUCCCUCCCCCACCUCUUUCCCCGGCGGAGGCAGUGGGGGUGGAGAUUCCAGUGGAUGUGAUGAAGUGCCUUUGAGAUGGUAACCGCGCCGAGGGAGUCCCCACCUCUCCAUAUCAAUGACAUUCCGGCCCCAGCUACAGUCCCCGCUGGGCCCCAACUUUAACCCUUUGGUUCUCGGAUCCAACCAAGUCCGGGUGGACCUGGGGACCCAAGACCCCGCCUGAGUGAGGGCUGAGGGUGGCAAGCGCCUUCCGGGGUCUCCCCGGCAUCGUCCUUGCUGCCCACCCCUUCUGCGGGCGGUUCCCCUGACCACCUCCGGCGUCCUCUCGGCCCCUCCCUGCUCUCGGACAGAUCGUCCCACUUUUAACCUCCCCGAAGGCCUUGGGGGGAGGUGCGUUGUCUUCUCAAAGGGGGGAAGAGUAGACUUCGGUGGGAGGAAGCUGAAGCUUCCCCGGGCCCCCCACCACGGGUCUGGUUCCGAUUGGUCUGGGGGUGUCUGCAGCCUCUGAGCACUCACCUCCCGUGUGUGUGGGUCUUUGUGCUUGAGUGUUGACGUGUCGAGCCCAAGAAGAAUUGGGAUCUAAAACAAUUAGGGUCCUCAGUGCCACCUCUGGGCACGAUGUGUGCGCAGCGCUCCCCCCUCCACCCCCCCCCCCCACCCCGCACUGGCCCUGUGACAACAUCAGGGAUUUAAAGCUGCCUGUGAAACUGGGGGGUCCUGGAGGCCGGGCCCAACUGCAGGCUCUCGGGCAAACCGGGCUGGGUGGGUCUCACUGUGCCGAGGCUGUCUCUGCGCCCAGGGACGGGAAAGACCCCCGGCCAGGCUGCCCAGGACGCAGGCGCUGCGGGAGGGUUGCCGGGCCCCUCCGAUACCUGGGCUUGCUGCUGCCUCCUGACACCUGCUGGAACCUGUGUGGCUGGAUUCCUUGGGCCCUGAAUGCCUGCCUCUAUUUGUCCUUCUCAGCCACCCCUCCCCUCCCCUUCUUACUAGUCACCCCUCCCCGCCCACCCUGUGAAAUCUAGGGCCCCAGGGCUGGAUUAGCUGGACAAACCCCACGAUUCCCCAGGCCCAUCACAGCCUGCAGGGGGCUCUGACCACUUGCCCCCCCCCCCCCACUGCCCACCAUGUCCACCGGGCCACCAAGUCGGCCCCUCACAAGGGAGGAGCACCCCUCCCCACCCCAGCCGGCCGAAAAGCUGAACCUGUGGGGAAGCAAGGGUGUGGAGGAAACUGUAGCCACCAGCGUCUACCUUUCAGACCCACUCAUCGGCCCGCUUCUCGGCACUGGCCGCAGUCUCCAUUUUAUUAAUGUUUCUUUAUUUUUGACAGAGGGAGAGACAGAGCAUGAGUGGGGGAGGGGCAGAGAGAGGGGGAGACACAGAAUCCGAAGCAGGCUCCAGGCUCUGAGCUGUCAGCACAGAGCCCGACCCUGGGCUUGAACCCACAAACCUCAAGAUCACGACCUGAGCCGAAGUCAGAUGCUUAAGGGACUGAGCCACCCAGGCGCCCCUUUCAGUCUCUGUUUUAGAGGGAGGGGCUCUCAAGCUUUUUUUCGUCACUGAGCCUUUUGCAGAUCUGAUGAAAGUAUAAACUUCUAAAAAAUGCUAAAACCCAUCCCCAGAAGCAGUGCACCCACUCGAAGUUAAAAUCCUUUGUAAACGAAGUCCCACUGAACAGGUGAAGAGGCACCCAGUGCGUGCCACCCCCAGGUGUAUGUGGGGGCCUCGCAGGCCUGCCCCCACCCCACGUUGGCCCUACUAGAUCCGGCCUGGUCCCAGCACCCCCCUCCCGGCCUCCGCGGGCAGUCAACCGGUGCCUCCCCGUGGGGCAGACGGGCCAAGGCCCUCAGGAGGAGGUGUGGAGGUGAGAGGCCUUCCCAGGUGAGGGCCCAGCUCUGCCUUGGAGAGUCCUCCCAGCCCCCCAGGAAACGGUAUGAAGGAAGGCUCCCCACCCCUGUUCCUCUUCCUCAGUUCCUAGCAGCCGGGAAGAGGCUUGAGGGAGUUCAUGACCACCCCCCCAAAACGAGGGGCUCAUGUUUGUGGGUCCCACGAGGUUUCUCACAGCGGUCUUUGUCCUAAGGAGGUUAAGGACCUUGGCCUUCCAUAAUCUGUCCCUAGUUGGGGGCAGGAUUUGAGCUGUAGUCUGACUCCCAGGCUGCCCCCCACGAGAGGAGUCACAGGCACCGAGGAGGUCUUCAGGACGGGUCGUUGUUCCUGGAGACGGUGAGGUGAGCAGGCUUCGUCCCCUCGCCCUCCUCCGUGGUGUCUCUGACAGAGUGAUCACUUGCUCCUCACAGGAAAGAGUGGGGUCCUGGGGCUUCACCCCCAUCCUGGGCGCCUGUCUCCACUACUCAUCCCCCUUCACCCCACAGACCCCUGCACGCCCCUCCCCAACUUCCACAACAGCGCCUUCAUCCUUUGCCACUAGAGACCUUCAGCAGCUCGGCUGAGCCCUCAGUUUCAGUGUGGGGGGUGGGAAGGGCACACCUGAGCUGAGGUUGAAGUGGGGGGGGGGGGUUUCUAGGCCGUUGCCUGGGCGAUGCCACCUGAGCUGGGCGCCGGCACCUGUUGCCGGGGGAACAGUGCGGGCGGGGCCCCUCCCUUGGGAGCAGCCAGGGCCACUGGGCUGAGACUGGAGACGGAUCGGAUUCCUGAGAGUCCCCGGCGGGCAGGGGGACAGGGGCGGGGGUGUCCGAUACUGGGGGAUCUGGGCGUGUUUGCAACGUAGAGUGAAACGGGGUCGCAGGGAGCAAAGACGACAAGAAGGGGUGGCUGGGGGAGGAGUAGGAGGCGGCUCAGGAAGGCCGCCGAGCCUCCGCUUCUCAGUGCAGAGCCUGUUACUUUUAUGACCCCCCCCCCAAUCCUUACUCCCCAGCUGGUCCUCAGUCUCCCCUUUCCUUUGUCCCUGUGUUCCCACCGGCCCGGAUGUUCUUUCCUCCCCCGCUCCCGGUCUCCGUCCCGCCUCCCAGGCUCCCCACCCCACCCCCGCCGCCUACUCCCUGUAGCUCAGGCUUCACCGCUCUCAGCUUUGCUGCCCCUCCCCUGCCUCGGCCUCAAAACCCCGCCUGCGUCUGGGAGCCGGCCCGAGUCCCCAGGUGACACCCACAGCGGGUGUGCUGCUCGGCGUGAACCUGUGCCUGCCGGAGGGACAAGGCUCUCUUCAGCCCGAAGGUGGGUCGGGAGGGUCUGUGCAAGCCGGGUCAGACGGGCGGCAGCUGGGACGCCGGGACGUGAGUGCCUGCAGGGUGGCAGGAGCAGCGUCCGCCGGGCAUCUGAUGGGCAACGGGCCCCUCGAAGGGACACCGCUACUCCGCUGAGCGGGACUGUGAGACUGUGAGAUUGACUUGUGCGUGUGGGGGUCAGAGAGGUGCUUUGCAAGAGGCCCACAGAUGUGAGGACGGUCCUGGCCGAGGACACAGACUUCCCCACGUUCUGGGCACCGAGACCCCCACCCGGCAGCACCUGAAGUACCCCUGUGAGUCAAGCGGGCCGUCUAGGGUUAAGAAGACCUGAGGGGACAGAUGGCGUCAGCCGGCCUUGAACUCCUGGGCAUGACCCUGGCCGUGCUGGGCUGGCUGGGCACCCUGGUGUCCUGUGCCCUGCCCCUGUGGAAGGUGACCGCCUUCAUCGGCAACAGCAUCGUGGUGGCCCAGGUGGUGUGGGAGGGGCUGUGGAUGUCCUGCGUGGUGCAGAGCACGGGCCAGAUGCAGUGCAAGGUGUAUGACUCUCUGCUGGCGCUGCCCCAGGACCUGCAGGCCGCCCGCGCCCUCUGCGUCAUCGCCCUCCUGUUGGCUCUGCUCGGGCUGCUGGUGGCCAUCACGGGGGCCCAGUGCACCACCUGCGUGGAGGACGAAGGUGCCAAGGCCCGCAUCGUGCUCACCGCAGGGGUCCUCCUCCUCCUCUCGGGCAUCCUGGUGCUCAUCCCGGUCUGCUGGACCGCGCACGCCAUCAUCCAGGACUUCUACAACCCCCUGGUGGCCGAGGCCCUCAAGCGGGAGCUGGGGGCCUCCCUCUACGUGGGCUGGGCCGCCGCCGCUCUGCUCAUGCUGGGCGGGGGGCUCCUCUGCUGCACGUGCCCCCCACCCCAGAUCGACCGGCCCCGAGGACCCAGGCUGGGCUACUCCAUCCCCUCCCGCUCAGGCAGAGCGACGCUGGCCUGCCCCCACCUCCCACCACAAUCUGUCUUCUUCUGGUCCAGGACUCCGGCUGGCACGCCUCUUCCUGAGGCCACCCUGCCCCCAGGAGCCUGCCCCUCACCUGAAGGGCAGCAGCUCCUUGGUUCCAAAAUGAGGAGGGGAUCCCUGCCCUGGAGCGGGUCCCCUCCAGCUGGCCACCACCUGCACCCAGGAGUUCAGGCCCGGAGGCCCAGCCCCUCACCCCACCCUCUACUCCCCCCUGCCAGUAGGGAAUAAACAGCAUUUGUACCUUG